GGAAGCGUUUGAUUCACAGUUUCUGUGAGAAGUGUCAGGCAAAAUGAAGUGGAGUUGGUUGUUAAUAACGGUGCUAGCUGCAGUAGCAGUCGCUGAUGAUUCAUCAGAAGAUGUAUUGUCUCUAGCAGAAUCGUGUGACCAAGAAGCUUGCCAGUUGCCAGAAUGUCGGUGCUCCUCCACGAAUAUUCCUGGAAACCUGGAGCCCAGGAACACUCCACAGUUCGUCAUGGUCACCUUCGACGACGCCGUCAACAUCAUCAACAUCGAGACCUACCGUGACCUGCUCUACGGCCGUACCAACGCCAACGGCUGCUCAGCCGGAGGCACCUUCUACGUCAGUCACGAGUACACCAACUACCAGUUGGUCAAUGAACUGUACAACCGAGGAUACGAGAUCGCUCUUCACUCCAUCACCCACAAAACCGACCAGGAGUACUGGCGCACUGCCACCACUGAGGACAUGAUGAAGGAGUUCGGAGACCAGAGGAAGCAGAUGGAACUUCUGGCGAAUAUUCCUAUUUCUGAGAUUCACGGUAUCCGAAGCCCAUUCCUGCAACUGAGUGGCAACGCCACCUUCCAAGUGAUCAAAGAGACUGGUCUCACCUACGACUGCUCGUGGCCAACGAUCUCCUUCGUCAACCCUGGUCUGUGGCCUUACACCCUGGACUACGCUUCCACUCAAGACUGCGUGGUGCCCCCUUGCCCGACUGCUUCCAUUCCUGGCGCCUGGGUGGUGCCCAUGGUCAGCUGGAAUGAUCUCCAGGGCGUCGCUUGCUCGAUGGCUGACUCGUGCUUCUUUACUCCUUCGCUUACUGACGAGCAAGCCUGGUUCGAGUUCAUCGUGGGCAACUUCGAAAGGCACUACUUGGGCAACCGCGCUCCUUUCGGCUACUUCGUCCACGAGUGGUACUUGAGGGCCUACCCUGCUGUCCAGCGCGCCGUCGCUAGAUUCCUUGACAUGAUCAACAACAUCCCUGAUGUGUUCAUGGUCAACACCAAUGAAGUGGUAGAAUGGGUGAAGAACCCCAUUCCCGUAAACGAGUACUCCAGCAAGGCCUGCAAGACCCCAGUCGCCACCACCUGCCCCGUCUCUGUGUGCGGGCCCCUGUCUUCUCACCACACUGAGAUGCAAUACUGGAUGACAGUGUGCAGCAGUUGCCCAAACACCUACCCAUGGUUGGGCAACCCCCUUGGACUGUAAUUCUAUCUAGUAUAUAAUUAAGUAAACUAUUUAUUACAAAAUAAUAAUGUAAUGUACUUAUUUUGUUUUCCUUUUUGGCCUCAGACUUAUUACCCCGAUUUUGAAAUAAACUGCAAAUUGACAA